AGGAAAGAAGGAAGGAAACUACAAAGGGAAAAAUCUCGUAUUCAAGUAUGGCUUUAUGAGCAAGUAAAUAUGUUGAUAGAGGGAUUAGAUGAUGCAGAAGAGAUUCAUUAAACAAAGUCAAAAAAGCAGCUGGGUCAGAUCAUGUUAAAAGGAAAUAAUAUUACUCUGUUGCAAAAUGUGUUCAACUAGAAAUGAUGGAUACUGAGGAAUAGUUGAGAAAACAGUGCAUUUACUUCUUUGUUUUGUUUUGUUGUGGUUUUUAAAAUUUUUUAUAUUUAUUUAUUUGCUCUUGUUUUUUAUUGUUGUAGUUAUUACUGUUAUUGAUGUCGUCAUUGUCAGAUAGGACAGAGAGAAAUGGAAAAAGGAAGGGAAGACAGAGAGUGUGGAAGAGAAAGAUAGACAUCUGCAUACCUGCUUCAUCGAAGCGACUCCCCUGCAGGUGGAGAGGCUGAGGCGUGAACAGGAAUCCUUAUGUCGGUCCUUACACUUCAUGCCAUGUGCGCUUUGUGCCACGUGUGUUUCACCUGCUGUGCUACCAUCUGACUCCCGUAUUGUUGUUUUUUUAGGACAUAUGUUUCUAAAACAUUUGCUCAUAUUGUUUUGAUUACUCUAUUAUUAACCAGAUGACAAUAAAUGCUGUGGGGCUGCUUUUAUUUAAAAAAAGAAGAAGAAAAGAAAACUACAGGGCACUUCUGGAGAUGGGGCUAGAGUAGCAGCAGCUGUGUUUCUCUUCUCUCCUCUCCCGGGUCAACUAGGCAUACCAAAGAAGACCACCUGGGACUGCAACAAGACAGGACUAGAACGACUUCAGAAACCCAACAAAUCACCAGUGAGUGCAAACACAUGUGGCUUGUGGACAGAGGGGAGCCUAGGGAGA